AAAGCAAAGCGUUUUAGUUUUCCGUGUUAAUGCAGCUGUGAUCAUUUGAGUUUUUCUAUCAGUCAGAAAAGUAUUGCUUGACUAUAACCAGAAUGGCCUUUCAAGUCCGUGUCAAGCUUAAUAGAACAACAAUUAAAACACUGUCAGUUGCAACAUCAGAAGAAGAAUUUCUGAGAACCACAACGAAGGACCUGAAAGAAAAAGCAUUACAUAUUUUCCCUGGAGUAAGUGAUGUUAACAGACUGAGGAUGUUUUUUGGACAAUUAAAUCUCGAAGACGAUAAAACACUUGAAUUUUACAAGAUAAAACAUUUUUCUGUUGUUCACAUCGUUUUGAAAAUGCCUGGUAAGCCUGAAAACAGGAAGAAAUUCACUCCAUUUGACGAAGGCAUCAAACUGGUGACAAAGCCCAGUGAUUUAGAUGAAUCUGACAAUGACCAAGACGUUUUAAGAGCUGAGCUAUCUUGCGGCCAUGUCACAGGUCCCGAGUCUCUGAUGGAUUGUUGUAAAGCUCAACUGAAUGAGGGAAAGAUGGAACUGAUGUGUCCGUUGUGCGACAGAGAAUGGCCAUAUGAUGAAGUUCGAUGCCUGGCCAAACUUUCACUUGAGGAGCAAAAAUAUUUUGAGGAUUUGCUUGCGACAAAUACAGUCAAUAAUAUUGCUGACUGCAAAGACUGUCCUGGUUGUGGAUUCUUUAUUGAAAGGGAGCAGACUUCCAAUCUCUGUGUAACAUGCUUAUCUUGCACAGCAAGGACUGGUAAACUCUAUGAAUUCUGCUGGCAGUGUGAGAGAGAGUGGAAAGGACCUCGACCUCGUGCUGACCAGUGUGAUAAUGUGGGUUGUAACAGUGAUGAACUGGAUCUGCUAAGAGAAUGUCCAGAAAUUACAAUAAGAAAUGUCUUGUGUCCACAUAUUCGUGCCUGUCCAAACUGUAGUGUGCUAAUUGAACACACUACAGAGGGAUGUAAUAACAUGACAUGCCAAAUGUGUUCGCACACGUUUUGCUUUGUCUGUUUAAAUCGUGUGUGUGUAUCUGCCAACUGCACAGCUGCACCAAGGCAAAUUCCAUAAAGUUGUGUGUUGUGUAAGGUUUUAAGUGUGUUUCCAAUUCAAAUAAUGCUUUAUAAUGUGCUGUUUUAACACAUUACACUUGAUCAAUCUUUAACUUACCUUUGUAAAUGAAUAAACAAACAAACAAAAAUCUAAAAUCUCUCCCUAUAGUCUAAAUGGUAUUCUUAAAUUCAACUUCAUUGUUGGGUCAUUUGGAUUAUUGUGAAUUACAUGAAUAGAUCAUUUUUGAAUAUACUACAAAAUACUAUAUUUUCUAUAUUACUGUACAUGGAACUCAUUGCCUAAAUUUUAAAAUGUAUUUAGUAUGUUUCUGUCCUUAUGCACUAAAACUAUCAGGCUAUUUCAGGUCAUUCUAUUGUCUGUCAAUAAAAUGCUGAUUUAACAUUUUA